AUGGACAUCCAGACCGAUCGAGAGAGAAAGCGGGGCAAUUUUAUUCAAACAAGUUCUUCCGUCGCCGCCGAUUUAGUCACCCUCGUUAGGUCCCUGCCUCCAGAAAUUAUUACAGAAAUCUUAAGCAGACUUCCAGUCAAAUCACUUCUCCAAUGCAGGUGCGUUUCCAUAUCUUGGAAUGCUUUGAUUGCUGAUCCCAUUUUCGUGAAGAAGCAUCUCAAAGCUUCCCAAAAUGAAGAACAACUUCUUAUGAGAUGGGAUCGUACUAGUGAUGUGAAAUCCUAUUACAUCUCAGAUAUUCUGAAUGAAGAAUGUCCAAAUGCCCAUUCAUUAGAUUUUCCAAUCAAACCGUCCAAAUCUGAUCUAUGGAUGAUUGGAUCAACUAAUGGGUUGGUGUGUGUGGUCCUAGAUCAAGCUGAGAUAUUUUUGUGGAACCCUUCGACUAGAAUAUCCAACAAACUGCCCAGUUGCGGCUAUAAAAAGCGUCGAAGUCAGUUCAUUGCAUAUGGGUUUGGCUAUGAUGAACGUAAUUCCGACUACAAGGUGAUUGUUAUUAACUCUAAAUCAAAAAAUUUAACUGGCCCUUUCUCAACUCAAAUAAAGAUUUACGGGAUGAAGAGUGGUUCAUGGAGGAAGGUUAAGAAUUACCCUCAAUUUUGUCCGUUGGGUGAUAUGGGCAUGUUUGUGAAUGGAACACUUCACUGGGGAGCAAGUAUGAAGACAGGGAUCGAUAAUUAUCGGAGUAUCCUCACUUUCGAUUUGUCCGAAGAAACCUUUUCUGAAAUAUCACAACCCUGUUUUGAGGGAUUGAUUAUGGAUUCAUUGAUAGGGGUUUUAAGUGGAUGCCUCUGUAUGCUAUUUAACUGUGGUGAGAAAAAAAUAGACGUGUGGGUUAUGAAGGAGUAUGGAAAAACUGAGUCUUGGACUAAGUUGUUUACAUUACCUUUUCUAAAAAGCGGAAUGGGUUUCCAGUGUUUUAGACCAUUGUAUAUUUCUAGGAAAAAUGAAAUCCUCAUGCUGUUUGGAGAACAAAUGGUGUUGUUUCAUCUGGAGAGUAAAGUGGUCACAGUUUCUUAUCCCGGUAUUAAAAAUGUACACAAACGUGGCCUUGAAGCUCUUACUUAUACAGAGAGCCUAGUGUCGCCUUUUCUUGAACGAUGCCAUCAACAAUAA